GCUCCUCUGCGCUGCCCUCGGCGCCGCCGGGCGUCUGAGCGCCCGCCCCGGCAACGAAGUUAAUCUGCUGGAUUCAAAAACAAUUCAAGGGGAGCUGGGCUGGAUCUCCUACCCAUCACAUGGGUGGGAAGAGAUUAGUGGUGUUGAUGAGCAUUAUACUCCAAUCAGAACUUACCAAGUGUGCAAUGUUAUGGAUCACAGUCAAAACAAUUGGCUGCGAACAAACUGGAUUCCACGCAAUUCAGCUCAGAAGAUAUAUGUGGAGCUCAAGUUUACCUUGAGGGACUGCAAUAGUAUCCCUCUAGUUCUGGGCACUUGCAAAGAGACCUUCAAUCUGUAUUAUAUGGAGUCUGAUGACGACCAUUUGGUAAAGUUCAGAGAGCAUCAGUUUACAAAGAUUGACACCAUUGCGGCUGAUGAGAGCUUCACCCAAAUGGAUCUUGGGGACCGAAUUCUCAAGCUGAAUACAGAAGUCCGCGAGGUGGGGCCUGUCAGCAGGAAAGGCUUUUACUUGGCUUUUCAAGAUGUAGGUGCGUGUGUUGCCUUAGUCUCAGUGCGAGUGUACUUCAAAAAGUGCCCUUUCACUGUCAAGAACCUCGCCAUGUUUCCAGAUACGGUACCCAUGGACUCCCAGUCACUGGUGGAGGUGCGGGGUUCUUGUGUCAAUCAUUCCAAGGAGGAGGAGCCACCCAAGAUGUAUUGCAGUACAGAAGGAGAAUGGCUAGUGCCCAUAGGGAAGUGCUUGUGUAAUGCUGGCUAUGAAGAAAGAGGCUUUGCGUGCCAAGCUUGUCGACCUGGGUUCUACAAAGCCUCUGCCGGCAACGUGAAGUGUGCCAAAUGCCCACCUCACAGCUCUACCUACGAAGAUGCGUCUCUGAACUGCAGGUGUGAAAAGAAUUACUUUCGCUCUGAGAAAGACCCUCCAUCCAUGGCUUGCACCAGACCACCAUCUGCUCCAAGAAACGUUAUCUCUAACAUCAACGAGACAUCUGUUAUCCUGGACUGGAGCUGGCCUCUUGACACCGGAGGUCGGAAAGAUGUCACUUUCAACAUCAUUUGCAAAAAAUGUGGAGGAAACAUCAAGGUGUGUGAGCCGUGUAGCGACAACGUGCGAUUCUUGCCCCGUCAGACUGGACUCACCAACACUACGGUGACAGUAGUGGACCUUUUGGCACAUACCAAUUACACUUUUGAGAUUGAUGCAGUCAACGGGGUAUCUGACUUGAGUACACUUUCCAGACAAUUUGCUGCUGUCAGCAUCACAACUAAUCAGGCUGCUCCAUCCCCCAUCACAGUCAUAAGGAAAGACAGGACAUCCAGGAACAGCGUGUCUCUGUCUUGGCAAGAACCCGAACAUCCGAAUGGGAUCAUCUUGGACUACGAGGUCAAAUACUAUGAAAAGCAGGAACAAGAGACAAGCUAUACUAUUCUGAGAGCCAAAGGCACCAAUGUUACCAUCAGCGGCCUCAAACCUGAUACCACCUACGUCUUCCAAAUUCGAGCCCGAACUGCAGCUGGAUAUGGGACAAACAGCCGCAAGUUUGAAUUUGAAACCAGUCCAGAUUCAUUCUCCAUUUCCAGUGAGAAUAGCCAGGUUGUAAUGAUUGCCAUUUCAGCGGCAGUAGCCAUUAUUCUCCUCACAGUUGUGGUGUACGUCUUGAUUGGGAGAUUCUGUGGAUACAAAAAGUCUAAACAUGGCACUGAUGAGAAAAGACUACAUUUUGGGAACGGCCAUUUAAAACUCCCAGGCCUGAGAACUUACGUAGAUCCACAUACAUAUGAGGAUCCCAAUCAAGCUGUGCAUGAAUUUGCCAAGGAACUAGAUGCUUCUAAUAUAUCCAUUGAUAAAGUAGUUGGAGCAGGGGAAUUUGGAGAAGUGUGCAGUGGGCGCCUAAAGCUGCCUUCUAAAAAGGAAAUUUCAGUGGCUAUCAAAACCCUGAAAGUUGGCUACACAGAAAAACAGAGAAGGGACUUCCUGGGAGAAGCAAGCAUCAUGGGACAGUUUGACCACCCUAAUAUCAUUCGAUUAGAGGGAGUCGUCACUAAAAGUAAACCAGUUAUGAUUGUUACUGAAUAUAUGGAAAACGGUUCCUUGGACAGCUUCCUACGGAAACACGAUGCCCAGUUCACAGUCAUCCAGCUAGUAGGCAUGCUUCGAGGGAUCGCAUCUGGCAUGAAAUAUUUGUCAGAUAUGGGUUAUGUCCAUCGAGAUCUAGCUGCUCGUAAUAUCCUCAUCAAUAGUAAUUUGGUAUGCAAAGUCUCAGAUUUUGGUCUCUCUCGUGUACUGGAAGAUGACCCAGAAGCUGCUUACACCACAAGGGGGGGCAAGAUUCCUAUCCGAUGGACAUCACCAGAAGCCAUUGCAUAUCGGAAGUUCACAUCAGCCAGUGACGCAUGGAGCUAUGGGAUUGUUCUCUGGGAGGUGAUGUCUUAUGGAGAGAGACCAUACUGGGAGAUGUCCAACCAGGACGUGAUUAAGGCUGUUGAUGAAGGGUACCGCUUGCCACCUCCUAUGGACUGCCCAGCUGCCUUGUAUCAGCUGAUGCUGGACUGUUGGCAGAAAGACAGAAACAACAGACCCAAGUUUGAGCAGAUUGUCAGCAUCCUGGAUAAGCUGAUUCGUAAUCCCAGCAGUCUGAAAAUAAUCACCAAUGCGGCGGCAAGGCCAUCAAAUCUUCUCCUGGACCAAAGUAACAUUGACAUUUCAGCCUUCCGCACAACAGGUGAUUGGCUCAAUGGAUUUCGGACAGGACAGUGCAAAGACAUUUUCACAGGCGUGGAGUACAGUACCUGUGAUACAAUAGCCAAGAUUUCUACAGAUGACGUGAAGAAAGUCGGCGUUACAGUUGUGGGGCCUCAAAAGAAGAUUGUUAGCAGUAUCAAAGCUCUAGAAACUCAUACAAAGAGCAGCCCUGUUCCUGUGUAAGGUACCAAAAUGAUGUUGCUCAGGAGAGAAAAACAGAGAAAAGUUGCGUCACAGGGCAAAAGUGAUGGCUGAUAAACAGCAGGAUUUAAAGAAGUUCUUUGCAACAGCUUUGGAAAUAUAAUGGUUGAAAUUUCAAACCCACUAAGACACUCAAAUAUUGAGUAUAAAUGCCUUAAAAAUAGGAGCGAACUUGUUUUCUAUCUGUUAAUCCUAAAGGGUGGGUGCUCUUGACUGACUGUUAAUGCAGAUGGUAAAUUUCAAAAGAAAAAAAUAUGUAAAAAAUCCUUCCAAGUAAAAACCAGUGAUACUAAAACCUAGAGCCAUUUGAAUAUUAAGUGACUGAAUAACACGAAAACCCCAUGGACAUAAAAGCUGUGUAUUUGAUCUAUACAGCAAACAAGAAGAAAGAAAGACUUGCAGUAUUUUUAUACAGAAGAGAUCUGUAACAGGUAUUUUAUUUCUUUAAAAGCAAGGAAAAUAGAGGACUAUACCUCACAACCUGUCUGGCCAUAUUUACUAUAAUGUCAUUGUAACAUGCUAUUUCAACUUCAGAAAGGAAUACAGAAAUAAAGUUUGUAGUGACUUUGAGUUAGUUGACAAAAGAUUUUCGCCAUUAUGUUAGCUUCCCUAAUU